AAGAACAAGGAAAACACAGAGAAAAACUACAGCGAGCACAUGCAUCUCAGAGAAGCCAGUAGCUAACUUGGUAGAAAAGCCAAAAAAAGAAGUCACUAGCCAGGCAGCAGGUAACUAGUAUAAGAGGAGUGAAGGAGUUUGGUUUUCUUUCAUCUUUUAAAAAAGAAAAAAAUUAUUAGUGAAAUCUAUUGCUCUGUCUUCAUCAAUGGCGCUUAAGUUGUAUGGAGCACCCAUGUCCACUUGCACCUCUCGUGUUCUGACCUGUCUGCAUGAGAAGGACUUAGAUUUUGAGCUUGUCAUAGUUGAUCUUUUCGCCGGCGAACACAAGCAGCCUCCUUUCCUAGCCAAAAAUCCCUUUGGUCAGAUUCCAGCACUUGAAGAUGAUGAUCUUACUUUAUUUGAAUCUAGAGCAAUCACAUCGUACGUUGCUGAAAGGUUCAAGGAAACUGGCUACGAUCUGAUAAGGCACCAAAACAUCAAAGAAGCUGCACUGGUGAAGGUUUGGACAGAGGUAGAAUCCCAACAAUUCCACCCUGCGAUAGCACCGAUUAUCUUUCAAUUCUUAGUGGCUCCACUUCAAGGCAAUUUACCUGAUCAAACAAUCAUUGACACCAACUUAGAGAAGCUAGGAAAAGUGCUUGACAUAUAUGAAGCUAAGCUGACUAGCACCAAGUACCUUGCUGGAGAUUUCUACAGCUUGGCUGACCUUCACCACCUACCUUACGCGUAUUAUCUCAUGAAGACCCCCGCAGCUUCGGUGGUAAAUGAGCGCCCGCAUGUUAAGGCAUGGUGGGAGGACAUUUCCUCUAGGCCAGCUUUUAAGAAAGUGGCAGAGGGCAUGAAUUUUGGUGAGAAAUGAAACUUGAAGAGGGUUCUGUUGUUUUAUUUCAAGUAUUUUGACGAAUAUGCGUUGGUUGUGAUCUUAAUGCAUUGAAGCUUCGAAGCAAUUUAGGAAAAUUGUGGGGGAUUGCCCCAUGUGGCUGUCGUAGAAUAUUAAUUUGGUUUCUGCAAAAACUAUUCCAUGGUUUUGAAACCACCAUUGCAACAGUAAAUGUAGCCACACCAACAUAAUUCGUAUUCAUUGCUGAAAA